AUGAAAGGAAGGAACACGCUUCCGUUCAUUCCGCUCAUCUCAUUACCGUAUUUUAUUACAAUUAAAUGUGGGGCAUGCCAGCAUCAUGAACUGAAAUUCCGCCCUUCGCGGCAGCUGCAGAGUUUACGUGUGCAAAGACAUGCUUGUGGCGAUGCUCGAGCGCGUAGAGCUUCGAGUUUGCAAAUCUUUCGUAUGCACCGCCGCGAAGUACGGGUUUGGAAGGCUUCAAACAUCCAACGUGUAUUGCAGGCAUCGUCGUGGUCGAGCACGAAACGGUUACUUUCGUUUUUUGCCGGCAAGCAAAAGUCGUUGCAGCCUUCACCGGAUGAGUUUGCUGAGGAGCUGGAAACGCUAUUUUGCGCGAAUCCGCCGUUGCCUUGUCGACCGCAGUAUUUGACAGAGAAUGCUUGGAGCAUGAGGGAGCUCUUUUCCGCGUUGCGCAGAAAGAAAGUCAACAAGGCUGCCGAUGAAGUUGGCUUGGUGGUUGAGUUGCUUCAGCAUGCACCCAGCUCGUUUCUACAAGAAUUGCUUCGGUUGUACAACCACGUCUUGCAUACAGGGGAGGCGCCGACGAGCUGGCGCAAAACAGUCUUCAAAAUGUUGGCGAAGUUUGUCAAGGCAAAAACCAUAACGGAUUUUCGACCUGUUACAAAUGUUCGGCUGCUGUACAAAACCUUCGCUUGCUUGGUCUUGGGUCGGGUUGAGUCUGUCCUAGAUGCCAAUCAACCUGAGGAACAACAUGGAUUCAGGAAGGGACGCCGCAUCGAAGAGCAUUUAUUGACAGUCAAUAUUAUGUUGGACAAGACAGUGGCGGCCAACAUUCCUCUUUGGGUAAGUAGCGUUGAUUUUUCGAAGGCGUUUGACCGUGUGUCAUGGACAGCUCUAUGGUCAGCACUCGCGAGAACUUUAUGCUGGACAGUUAGGAAUUGUUUGAGGUGA